CCGCCGGCCGCCGGCCGGGUCGCGGGAACCGGGAGGCGGGGGUGGGGGCGGCGUCGCCGCGGCGCUGUCCCCGCGAGGCCGCGUCCCGGGCCGGGCGAGCGGGCGGACGGGCGAGCGGGGCGACGGCGGCCCCGCAGCGACAUGUGACCAUGGACCGCAGGACCAGGGAAAACCCGGAAAGAACUUUUGACUUGGUCUUGAAAGUGAAGUGCCGUGUCUCUGAAAAUGAAGGUCCUGUGGUAUUAUGGAAAUUCCCAGAGGACUUUGGAGACCAGGAAGUACUGCAGAGCGUGCCCAAGUUCUGUUUUCCGUUUGACGUGGAAAGAGCCUCUCAGAAUCAAGUUGGACAGCACUUUACCUUCGUACUGACAGACAUUGAAAGUAAGCAGAGAUUUGGGUUCUGCAGACUCACAUCAGGAGGCAGUAUUUGUUUAUGUAUCCUUAGUUACUUGCCAUGGUUUGAAGUGUACUAUAAGCUUCUCAACACUCUGGCAGAUUACUUGGCAAAGGAACUGGAAGAUGAUUUGAAUGAAACCCUCAAAUCACUCUACAACCAGCCAGUACCAAAGGCAAAUAUGCCUGUCAACUUGAGUGUGCACUCCUGCUUCAUCGCCCCUGACAUAACUGGACUCCCGACGAUCCCGGAGAAUAGAAACCUGACAGAGUACUUCGUUGCUGUGGACGUUAACAACAUGUUGCGACUAUACGCCAGCAUGCUGCAUGAGAGACGCAUCAUCAUUACCUCGAGCAAACUGAGCACUUUAACUGCCUGUCUCCAUGGAUCGGCUGCUCUGCUGUACCCGAUGUACUGGCAACACAUAUACAUCCCUGUGCUGCCCCCACACCUGCUGGACUACUGCUGUGCCCCAAUGCCAUACCUGAUUGGAAUACACUCCAGUCUCAUAGAGAGAGUGAAAAAUAAAUCAUUGGAAGAUGUGGUUGUGUUAAAUGUUGACACAAACACUCUAGAAUCACCAUUUAAUGACUUGAGCAACCUACCCAGCGAUGUGGUCUCGGCCUUGAAAAAUAAGCUGAAGAAGCAGUCCACGGCUACGGGAGACGGAGUGGCUCGGGCCUUCCUGAGGGCACAGGCAGCUUUGUUCGGGUCCUACAGGGAUGCUCUGAGAUACAAGCCUGGCGAGCCCAUCACCUUCUGUGAGGAGAGCUUUGUGAGGCACCGCUCAAGUGUGAUGAAGCAGUUCCUGGAGACCGCAGUGGACCUGCAGCUGUUCAAGCAGUUUAUUGACGGUCGACUGGCGAAGCUUAAUGCUGGAAAGGGUUUCUCUGAUAUAUUCGAAGAAGAGAUCACUUCGGGCGGCUUCUGUGGAGGGAGCCCGAGGUCCUAUCAACAGUGGGUGCAUACGGUCAAGAAAGGUGGUGCAUUGUUCAACACAGCGGUGACCAAAGCAACCCCUGCUGUGCGGACCGCCUACAAAUUUGCAAAGAGUCACGCCAGACUGGGACUAAGAGAGGUGAAGAGUAAGCUGAAACACAAGGACAAUGAGGAAGAUUAUGGGACCUGUUCUGGCUUGGUGCAGUAUACACCAAUUUACACAUCACACAAUGAAAAGGGAAGACACACAGAGAAGCAUAAGCUGUCCCAGGCACACUUGAGAAGGCCUCAUAAGAGCCUCGAUGGUACCCUGUAUGAUGAUGACGAUGACAUUGAACGAUCAAGCAAGGUGUCUUCCGAAGACGGCGAAGAAGCUUCUGCUUAUUUCUACGAGAGCGACGACUCGGUUGAAGCAGGAGUGAAGGCUCCUUACUCGGGUGAGAUGGACUUGCUGGGGGAAAUCCUGGACACGCUGAGCACACACAGCUCCGACCAAGGCAAGCUGGCGGCUGCAAAGAGCCUGGAUUUCUUCAGAUCCAUGGAUGACAUCGAUUACAAACCGACGAACAAGUCCAAUGCGCCCAGUGAGAAUAACCUGACCCUACUCGGUGCUUCUGGCGACCAAGGAGAGUGGAGUCUCGGGCAGGACGACAGUGCCCUCCAUGGCAAGCACCUCCCUCCAUCCCCCAGGAAGAGGGUGUCCUCUGGUGUGCUGGCAGACUCUCUGUUUAUCCUGGAGGAGGAGAGCAGUGAGAAGUCCCUCUGUGCCCACAGCAUGCAUGGCCCCACUGCGGUAGGCAAGCCAGCUUCUCCUUCCGGCCUGGCUUCCCAGUCAGCCUCCCCCGAGGUUCCUCAAGUGUCUGAAGGAAAAGCAGAGCUGAAGGAAACACUAAGUCAGGCCUCGGGGCAUCUGCUGCCACCCAGCCUGGGGAACCGCCUGUCUACCUUUGUCCCCUGGGAGAAAGCAGGGCGAGAAUUUAAGGGGCCCUCGGAAGGCGGGGGCCUGCUCCAAGAAGUCGUGGCCCUGUGUCACAAGCCAAGUGACUUGCAACAAGGGUUAAACAUUUCACAAGAGAGAAGUGGAAGCCAAACUUAGGGUACCAGCAAGGGUCAGUCGCUGGCCUCCUGGCUUCUCCAGAGACAUGUGGAUUUAAUUCCCCGUAAACAGAAUCACCCAUAGGAAUGAAAGCUCUUCACUGCUGUUUAUCUGUUUUCCCUCGGAAUGUUUCCCCAUCCGGUCAUCUCACGGAGCUGUGUUAUCUGUUGGUUUUCCGCCGUAAAAUGAAUUCUACUGUGCUGUUAAAUCAGGUACUAAUGUGUAUAUAGGCUGAAAGUGUGUUUUAAACGUAAGCUUCCCCAGUAUUUGGUGCUUAACGCCGUUCAUUUUGUUUAAACUAAGUGUGCAUAUGUAACCACACAUAUAACCAGUCGUUACUGUACUAAUCUGGUUGAGCAUAAACUGAUCAAGAUGUCAAAACUGGUUUUAAAAAAAAAUAGCCUGAAGCUGAUGAAACUGUUAACCCAUUAAUUGCCUUAAUCUUCCAGUUAUGUUAAGCGUACAAAUCAUGCGUGUGUGAUGCUACAUCCAGAUCUUGAAAGAGGAGUUAUCUUGUCUUUCAGAGCAAUAAUGCCUCUUUCUAUCUCAGAAUUAAGCUCACCUUUUUUUUUUUUUUUUCAAGUUUAAAUGCUUUCUCAGUGGAACUAACUUCCUUUUAUAAGACACUGCAGCCAUGUUCUGCAAAUGUGUAUAUUCACCUUUCACUCAGUGAAAUACAUGGGAUGCUGAAUUCAAUGUGAAGUUCAAAGCUUCUGUUUACUAAGAAGCCACUCAGACAAUGUUCAGUCUCUGUGUGCCAGGGCCACCGUGGCGGGUCCACCCUGAGAAAGCCAAACGCCCAGCAGAGCACAGAUAAGCAGAUGCCCUGUUCUUGUAACCGAUUGGCCGUGAAGAUGCUCAUAGCCUUACCUUUUUGCUUUUUUAAAUAAUUAACUUUGUACUUUAAAUGUUCUAGAUUUAUAGAAAAAAAUGCAAAGAUGGUACUAAAUUCCCAUCUACCCUGGCUCCUGUUUCUGCUCUGGCUAGUAUCUUACGUUACUAUGCUACAUUUGCCACACGUUGAUGUCCUACGUGGCAUUCCAGAACUCUGGCUUUCCCUGAUGUCCCCUCUUAGUCCCAUUAUUCCCUCGGGGUUCUAAAUUACGUUUGGUCUCUCACCAUAUCUGCUGGGUUCCUCUUCCCUCUAGCAAUUAAUUCACUAUGUUUGGUUUUGAUGGCCUUGACAUUUUCAGGUAUAUUGGUCAGAUGUGUUGCCCAGCGGCCGGCUCCUAGAAUCUGUCUGCUGUUUUUCUCAUUAUUACACUGGGGUUAUAGCUUUGAGGGAGAAGAUCAUAGAGGUAAAAUGCCAUUUCCACAGUGUCUUAAAGGGCGUGUGCUGCAAGCUAGUCUCUGUGGUGUUGACUUUGAACACAGCUGGGUUUUCCCCACUGUAAGCCUGUUUCCCCCACACU